AUGACUGAUGAAAACAUCACUUGUCAAAUAGAGCCAGAUAAAACUAUUGAGGACCUUAAAAAAAUGAUCCAAAAAAAGAAAGGUAUAUUGGCUGACCAACAACGAAUCAUUUUUGCUGGAAAACAAUUAGAAGAUAGAGCAACACUAACUCAUUAUGGAAUACAUAAUGGAGCUACGCUACACCUAGUUCCUCGUAAGCGUGUUGAAGCUCCACCUACGCUAGAUCUUUCAAGUCUCGAUCCACAAUAUGAUUAUGAUUUUUCAAAUGUGCAAGAUUGCGAUCGGAAAUUCCGACGAGGUGGAAUCGAUUAUGUUCGUCCUUGCGGCUGGAAACGCUUUGCUAUUAAAGUAACAGAUAAAUAUGAAAAUUUAAUAUGGCUAGGUCAUCAUAACAAAGAAGGAGAAUGGCCUGUGUCUUACCAUGGAACUGGUUUUAAUCAAAAUAAAACUAUGGCGACAGAUGGCUACAAUUUAACAAAAGGUAAAAGAUAUGCCUUUGGACACGGCGUUUAUUCAACUCCUGACGUAAGCGUAGCAGAAAAAUAUGCAGUCAAAUUUUCACAUGAAGGAAAUCAAUAUUUGGUUGUACUGCAAAAUCGAGUGAAUCCUGAACAAUUAGUAAAAUUACCAGCUGCUGAAACUGGCAUCGGUGAUUACUGGAUUAGCCCUAGCGACAAAGAUAUCCGUCCAUAUGGAAUCCUUAUUCGAAAAGUUUAA